AUGGACCGCGCCAUGAUGAUGAGGGACAUGGAGUACGAUGAGAGCGCCAUCAUGGAGGAUGACAGGGACGCCGAGCCUCCCGCCAUCGCGGGGACCCCUCAGCGCCUGAUACUCGGCCGUUCGCCCUUGUCCAAGACGCGCUCCAUGUCCGACGGCGGCACCCCUUCGAAGCUCUCGCCCUCUCCGCACAUCGCCGAACGCAAUACGUCCAAAGAUGAUAGCCACAUCGGGAACACCGCCGCGGCGACCGUGGCGCCUCCCGUCACUCCCCAUCGGUCCGAGUUUCCUCUCCGCGGCCUGUCACUGCAGAUGCCUGCCAACUCCCCGUCCUCCUCGUCCACCGGCUUCACGAAACCCGCGCCGCUGUCGCCAAAGCUCGACCACUCCCAGAUUUACGCGAGCCCGACAAACAUACUCCCGCGUCGCUCACGCGGCCUCGACUUCUCCCGUGCCGCGACGAGCCUCCACCACUCAACCCUCGCUGAGUCUUCGCCCGACUCAUCGCCCACGAUCGGAGGCAGAGGAAUGAACAUACCCGGCAGGAGAAGCAACGACUACGGACAGGCCGAACAGACGACGAACUCGCUGUGGUCCAUGAUGGGCAACCACGAGCGCAUGACCGUGUCGAGCUCUCUCGGAAGCGCCCACCCGCUCGGGUCGGACUCUUCCUCUUCUUCAGACGACGACGAUUUGAUGGACGAGGAUAUGGACGAACCAUACGUUGGUACGCCGCAGGCCAACAAGUCUAUGACCCCGAUCGGCACUCAGGCUCCCAACGCGCCAUGGAUGGGGUCCCCGGCCAUGAACAGCCUGAUGAGCUUUCAGCAGAGACAACGGGCAAGGAAACAGCCCAAAAAGAAGUACAAGCCGCCGCUCGGUCUUGGAUUUAGUCCCGCAACCGUGGCCGGUCUAUCAAAGUCGCCGCCGAGCAAUGGACCCAAGGACAUGUCUGCUCACAACCGGAGGGAAAGCAUUAGCUGGCAGGCGAACCAACUGCAUAUAUCCGGCAGUGAGGAGGAGCGAGGAGAUAACAUUGACCACCUCCUGACCACACCCAGCCGCGACGGGCAGCGACCUACCAUUAUGAAACGCGUAGUCACCCGUCGCGCAAACCUUUUGCCCAAAACGAAGAAUUUUGCUCGUAUCAGAGCAGCUCUGUUCGAGGAAGGCGCGCCUGUUGAGACGGAGACCCGGCGCGAGGCCGAAGUCGUGCGGCAAGUGCGGGAGAGCGACGUGGACCUCGAGCCGCCCCGUCAGCAAACAGCGCCGGCCACGACUCACUCAUCACCGAAUCUCGGCACCCAGGAGCCGAUGCUGGACGACAUCCCCGAGAGCAUGAUCACCGACUCCGCACUCCUUUCAGGCAGCUUCAAGCAGCAGGCACUAAAGAACUCCAAGGGCACCAAGUUCUGGGACACAUUCUCGGAAGCCAGCAGCGCCGGCACGCGUACAACACCGCCUCCGCCCAGCGGACUCCCCCGGGGCUCUUCCUCGGGCAUCAGCGAGGACAUAUCCAUGGACUCGCCCUCUCUCGGGCCGACCGCCGGCUUCGCUAUGGCCGCCAGCAGCGGUGAGUCCCAGAAAGGCGACACACCCCUCCUGGCACAAGGGCCGCAGCCGGCGCCGAGCGCGGCCGAGAUCACGCGCCGCAUCAACAGCAAGCGCAGGAGAGAAGACGACUUUGACCCUGUGAGUUUCAAGCGACGCGCCGUCAGCCCAGGCAUGAGCGUGCACAACUCCCCCAUCAUGCAGAGCCCCAUGCAACGGGACGUCGCGCCGUGGGGAUCCCGCCCUGGCAGUAACAGCGGCGACCGGGGAGGCUCCGGCGCGCCAAGCGAGUCGGGAAGUCUGGGCGGGACGCCGGGGAGCAACCCCAACGCCAACGGCCGGGUGAACGGCACCAAGGGGCGCGUCGGGUUCCAGGGGAUGGUAGACACCAGCGACGGCAUGAUGCGGAUGAGCAUCGAGUGA